AGACAACAUAACCCAAUAAAUAAAGAUAACAGGAAUGUCAUUUAAUUCCUAAAAUUUGUAUUAAAUUGAUUAUUUGAAUGCUUUGUUUGGCUGCAAUAAGGAAAACAUUAUUUAGUAUAUAUAAAAAUAUUUCAAAAUAUAAUAUGAAGAAAACUUUUAAGAGCCCAGGAAAAAAAACAUGUUUCCCAGAUAAUACAAUAUCUAAAUGUCCAGUUGGAGAAAACUGUGUCCUACUUAAUCCAAUAAAAAGCGAUAGUGAUCAAAAAGAUUAUAAAGUAAUUCAACUUCCUAAUGGGUUAACAGCAUGCCUUAUUUCAGAUAAAAAUUUAAUAAAUUCAGAGGAAAUAGAUUCAGAAUCAGGUUCAGAAUCCUCAGACAUUAGUAGCAUUAGUUCGAUAUCAGAGAGUGAAGAAGAAAACGAUUCUACUAUGUCAGACAUAGAACAAGAAGAUGAUGAGGGUUCUUCCAAAAAGCAUAGAAAUACUACAGAACAAAAAAUGUCAGCUGCCGGACUAUGCAUUGGUGUAGGAAGUUUUAGUGACCCUAAAGAAGUUCCCGGAAUGGCACAUUUUCUUGAACAUAUGGUUUUCAUGGGAAGUAAAAAAUACCCAAAAGAAAAUGAUUUUGACGAGUUUAUUACUCAAAAUGGUGGCAGUGAUAACGCUUCGACAGAUGUUGAAACAACUGUAUUCUACUUUGAAUGUCUAGAAAAGAAUUUUAGGGAAGCUUUGGACAAAUUUUCGCAAUUUUUUAUUUCGCCACUGAUGAAACGUGGCGCAAUGACAAGAGAGAGAGAAGCAAUAGAAUCGGAGUUUCAAAUUGCUCUCCCGUCAGAUAGUGCUAGAAAAGAACAAUUGUUAGGUAGUCUUGCAAAAAAUGGUUCUCCAAUUAACAGUUUUUUAUGGGGUAAUUUGAUUACAUUACGAGAUAAUAUUUCUGAUAAAGAUCUUUACAAUGGUGUACACAAGUUUAGAGAAAGGCACUAUUCAGCUCACAGAAUGACUUUAGCUAUACAAGCACGUCUACCAUUGGAGGAAUUAGAAAAGUUUGUAUCAACUUAUUUUUCUAACAUCCCUAAUAAUAAAUUACCCCCUGACAAUUUCUCAGAAAUUCAUAAAGAUAUAUUCAACACACCCGAGUUUAAUAAAAUAUAUUAUGUUAGCCCUGUAAAAGACUUCUGCCAGCUUCACAUUACAUGGGCUUUACCAUCACUAAAAAACCAAUAUAAAAGUAAACCACACCAUUUCAUAUCAUACUUAUUGGGUGAUGAGGGUAAGACUAGUUUGUUUUCUUACUUGAAAAAAAAUCUCUGGGUUUUGGGAACUACAACUGGCAACGACGAAACUGGUACAGAAAACAAUUCUCUUUACACAUUGUUUACAGUACAGUUAAACUUAACUGAAGAUGGUUACAAAAAUAUACCUCAAGUAGUAGAGUCUGUAUUUUCAUAUAUAAAAAUGCUUAAGAAAAUAGGUCCACAACAAAGAGUAUUUGAUGAAAUACAAGCAAUAUCAAACAUGGCAUUUAAGUAUUUAAAGGAAGAGACUGCGGUAGAUAUUGUUGAAGAUAUGUGUGAAGCUAUGCAGUUCUACCCUCCGGAACAUUAUAUUACAGGUUCUGAAUUGUAUUUUGAAUAUGACCCUAAAACCAUUGAACUUUUAUUGGAUAAUAUGAGUCCAGAAAAAGCCAAUUAUAUAAUAUUUAAAAAACCAUUUGAGCGUGAAAUUGUAUUGGAUAGAACUGAGAAAUGGUUUGGAACUCAAUAUACAUAUCGUGACAUUCCUGUAGAAUGGAUUAAUCAAUGGAAAAAUGCUAAGGUAAACGAUGACCUGUUUAUACCACCACCAAACAGUUUUAUCACUAAUGAUUUCUCUAUACUACCUGAUCUGGAAAACAAUCCCAAUUACCCAUUAAAGGUUUUCGAUAAUACAUUAACAGAAUUAUGGUAUAGAAGAGAUUUAAAAUUUAAAUUACCUUACGCUUAUUACUACAUGUAUUUAAUCAGUCCUCUUGCAACACAAGAUGCUAAACACUCUUGUAUGUUAGAUACACUGGUCAAUUUGUUAAGCAUAGAUAUUUCAGAGGAUAUUUAUCCUGCUACUAGUGCUAACUUAUUUCAUUCUUUUAUAGCUUAUGAAAAUGGACUCAUUAUAAAAGUAUGGGGAUUUAAUGAAAAGCUCCCUAUUCUAAUUAACUUAAUAUCAAAACAUUUAAUAAAUUUAGCAGACAAUAUUACAAGUAAAAUGUUUGUAACCAUAAAAGAUAAAUUACUGAAGCAUUAUUAUAACAAGUUGCUAAAACCAACUGAUGUAUCAAAAGACCUAAGGUUGAAUUUACUAGUUGAUCAUCAUUUUAAUACUAUAGAAAAGUAUACUGCCAUGUCAAAUAUUAGUUUUGAAGAUAUAAAAGAUUAUAUCAAUAGAUUUCAGAAAUCUUUAUAUCUAAAAUCUUUAGUACAGGGUAACGUUGAUCAGGUAACAGCAUAUGAAGUUACACAAGCCUUUAUUAAAUCUGUAAAUUUCACUGAACUAAAAAAAGAAGAUAUUCCAAAAUUUACUGUAAUGAAAUUAAAUAAUGGUGAAAAAUGUUGCAGAAUCCAGAAUUUUAACAAGGGUGACAAAAAUUCUAUAAUAACAAAUUAUUAUCAAUCAGAUAAAAUUACUAAUGAAAAAAGUGUUAUAGUCGAUCUUAUUAUGAUGGUAAUAGAAGAGCCUCUAUUCAACAUGUUGAGAACCAAAGAACAAUUAGGAUAUUCUGUUUACUGUUCAGCACGUGACACAUUUGGCGUGUUAGGAUAUACAAUAACAGUUAAUACUCAAGCAUCAAAAAAUUCUACACAAUAUGUUGAUGAACGUAUAGAAAACUUCCUAAAAUAUACUAAAGAACUGUUGAAUGAUUUAAAUGAAGUAAAAUUUGAAAAAGUUAAAGAAAAUACCAUUAAGAUGAAGCAGUGUAUCGAUGUGCACUUAAAAGAAGAAGUCGACCGAAACUGGUCUGAAAUUGUUAGUGGGGAUUACAUUUUUAACAGAAUAAAUGAGGAAAUUGAAGCAAUAAGAAAAACAGAUCUCAAGACUGUUAGAUCUUGGUGGGAGAGCCAUAAUUCUUUUGGAAAAAAAGAAAAUUUUAAAAAACUUAGCAUUCAAGUUGUCGGUUUUAAGGAUGCAACAGAUACCUCUGAAAAUAAAAACAUGCAAUUUGAAUUUUUAGGUAGUGAUAGUGCUCUUAACGAAAAACAAGACAAAGCAUAUUUUAUAAAAGAUAUUAAGGAACAUAAAAAUCUACUGAGCCCACUCAAUGUUAAGUAAUAGACAUUUAUUAAUAAAUAAUUUAUAUGAACAAGAA